AUGGAGGAAAACGUUUCAGAGAUCAAUCAUAUCAAGGACAAGCUUACCAUAACAUGCGUUGAUUUUGAUCGCAUCCACUAUGAAAUCUUACUUAAGGAGCAGUGGUCUCGGCUGAACAAUAUCGAGAUCAAGGGUGUGCCUAUUAAAACCGGUGAGAACCUAUUUCAGACUCAUGAAGCUCUCUGCAAAGCCAUCGGUUUCGACGUCCCCAAAUUCCAAAUAGAUUAUAUCGCCCGAGUUCCCUCGCAUAACUUGAAAGGUAAAUUGAUAAUUGUUCGAUAUAUAAAUCGAUACACAAAAGAAGAUUUCAUUGCAACCGCUCGCGCUAAGAAGGAAUUAUAUGCUAAGGACAUAGGAUUCGCAGGAAGCAAGAACCGCAUCUUUGUAAAUGACCACCUAACACCACACUUUAAAUCAUUGCUGACAAAGGUGAAGGCCCUCGCUAAGGUGAAAAACUACAGCUAUGUGUGGGUGAAGUUCGGCAAAAUUCAUGUGCGCAAAAACGAUACCAGUCAUACUUUUAUUGUACAAAAAGAAAGUGAUUUAAACAAAAUUGCCUAA